CAAAUAACUAAAUUUGACUAUGGAUUCUGCUCAACCCACGAAUUCUUCUGGUAAUCCUGUAGGUGUUGUCUCUGCAUCUAAUUCUACUUCAAAAGCACCUCAAAAUGCAGAUUCUAAUGCCAAAAAUGAAAACUCUCAGGCAGCUAAUAAUAAGAAUCCACCUACUUUGUCAAACAAGGAACUAAAAGAAUUAAAAAAAAAGGAAAAAGCUGCUAAAAGAGCUGCUAAAAAACAACAAUUUCUGAAUUCUGACGAUAAAAACAAUGCUAAACCAUCAUCUAAUCAAAUUAAAAAACAAAUCAAUAAUGAAACCAAUAAUAGCAAUGCGACCAGUAACAACAACUUCAAUCCUAAUACUAACAAACAAUCGACAAAUAAUGAAUCUUUUUCAAGAGAUAAGAUCAUUUCAUUAUUUACCCAUUUGUCAACAAAGGAGGAAAGAAACCAAAGUUCUCUGAACAUUUUACAUGAAUUUAUCCAUACCUCAAUAAUUAAGUUAAAUUUAAACUAUUCAAAUUUUAAAAUAAUUGGCUCAAUAAACAGAUGUGUUUCCAUGUUAAAUACUUUCAAAAUAGUUAUAAAUGAUUACAAAUUUAACGAUAAAAAAAAUUUGUCAUUUUCGAGAGACUUAACCCAGUAUUUAAGCUACCAAAUUGAAUUUUUGAAAACUUCAAGACCUUUAUCAAUAACAAUGCGAAAUUCGAUUCGUUGGUUAAAACAAACAAUCUCGGAGCUAUCCUUAAAUUUCAAAUCGCCAAUCGAAAACUCAAUCGAUUCUCAAAUAGACUUUAAAAAUCAAAUCUCUGAAAAAAUUGAUGAUUUCAUUAAAAAUAAAAUUUAUUUACCUCAAAAUUUAAUUAUAAAUGAUGCUAAAAAACAUAUAUCUAAUGACUCAAUUAUCUUAACUUAUGGUAAUUCAAAAGUUUUAAAUAACUUAUUUAUUCAUUGUCAUAAUAUUGAAAAAAAAGAGUUCAAAUUAAUUAUUGUUGAUUCAAGACCACUAUUUGAAGGGAAAACUUUAUUGAAUAAUUUAAUCAAUUCAGGCUUCAAGAGAGAAAAUUUGUCUUAUAUUUUUAUAAAUGCUAUAUCAACCAUUUUAAAUACAAACAAAAUUGAUGCUGUGUUUUUAGGUGCUCAUGGCAUAUUAUCAAAUGGAACUCUAUAUUCAAGAGUGGGCACUGCAAUGUGUUCUUUAGUCUCUCAUAAGAGAAAUGUUCCAAUCAUUGUUUGCUGUGAAUCUUUGAAAUUUACUGAUAAAAUUCAAUUAGAUUCUUUAACUCAAAACGAGAUUAAUGAUAACGAUUAUCUAUUGAAUGUUCCAAAUUUUAAUUCUUUACCUAAAAAGAAAAAUUAUUUCUUAGAGUAUUUUAUAAAAUCAAAAUCAAUUGAAAAUAAUAGUAACAAUUUUAAUAAUUCAAGAUUAAGUAAACAGCAACAACAAAAUAAAUUGAAUAAAAAGUUCCAAGAAGAAAAUGAACUAAAAAAUAACGAGGAUUAUGAUCCUUUAGUUGAUUAUAAAAAUACUAAAAAUUUGAAUCUUUUAAAUAUCAUGUAUGAUUUAACUCCUGCUGAAUAUAUUACAAAAAUUGUAACUGAAAUGGGCUCAUUACCUCCUUCUUCAAUUCCUGUAGUUUUAAAAGAAUAUAACAGUAUUGCCUAGAUAACUUAUAUGAUACAAUUUUUUUUUCUUUCUUUCCUUUUUUC